UGCGGCCGUGUCUGUAUUCGAAAUUAUUCAAAUAAGAAAAUCGUUUUGCUGUCGUUGUCGUCGUCGUCGUCGUCGCCGCCGACAUCCUUUUUAUAGUAUACAUAUACACUACAUCGCAAAAAUACGAAAACAAAGAACAACACGCCAAAAAUCUCGAAUCGUUUGAAACUCGUUUCGCGUUCUGCACUCUUCGCUGGUGCUUCGCUUUGCCUCAUCCAAUCCACAAAUGUUCAUCAACGAUGGCCACAUUGGGCCUGUCAAAAGUCUUCAUACUGGAUAAAUACUUCACGGAAUUGCAAAAAUUUUGGGAGACGGAGAAAAAGUUGCAGGAUGCUUCAUCAUCCAAUGAGGCCGUGCAUCUGCAACAGCGGCUCAAGAGUCUAAGUACUGAGCUGGUCACACUCCGCAAUCGCUUGCACGUCGGCGCACGUGCUCCGAGCAACGGUACACAGCAGCAUUCAGCUGGGAGCCGGAGUGGGGGGAGUUCCGGGCCCAAGGCAACUAAUUUUGAUCUUCAUGCGUCCAGCCCGAAUCUUAAUCUAAGCACAGCAGGAGCGGGCCUGUCCGGCAAUGCGCUCCAACAACACGUUAACGGGAAUGGACAGCAUUCACUGGCUAAGCACAACUUUUGCCAAACACUGCCGCCGAACUCCAGCCUUAACACCGUGGUGUCGGCCCGCAAUACAUCCAUACCGCACCCCUUGCCGCAUCAGAUUAACGAGAAGUCCUCACUGGGGCAUAGCAAUGGGAAUUUGCUGAGUCUAGGCGCAGGCGCCACUGCAACAUUGCCACAUGCCAGCAGCGGAGGUGGUCUGGCCUCCACACUGUCGCACAAUUCCAAUACCCUGCCAAAUCGCACGGCGGUGACGUCGGCAACGACAGCGGCAGGAUCACAAAAUAAUCAACAGUUGCCAUUUAUACCCGUGCCAAAGCACGUGAAUCCUUGCCACAGCGUGAAGACGUUGCCAUUUGGUUUUGGUGCCAUCCGACUGAAUCAUAACAAUGGCGUCAAAAUGCAGCAGAGAAGUCCGACCAGACUGCCACAGGACAUGGAGGAUCUAAUACACCUGUCAGGACCACUAACGGAACAUGCUGUAAUGCGCACCCUCCAGGCCCGCUUCAACGAGCAGCGCUACUUUACGAAUGUCGGGCCCAUACUGCUCUCGAUUAACCCCUAUCUGGACAUUGGCAAUCCUUUGACGCUCUCGUCGACGCGUUCCCUGCCCCUCGCGCCACAGCUGCACAAGAUUGUGCAGGAGGCAGUCCGUCAGCAGGCGGAAACAGGAUAUCCCCAAGCCAUCAUACUUUCAGGUACUUCGGGUGCUGGUAAAACGCAUUGCUCCAUGCUGUUGCUGCGUCAGCUAUUUGCUAUAGCGGGAGGAGGACCUGAGACAGAUGCAUUUAAGCACUUGGCCGCAGCUUUUACGGUGCUCCGCUCUCUGGGCUCUGCCAAAACGACCACUAAUUCGGAGUCAAGUCGCAUUGGCCAGUUCAUUGAGGUGCAGGUGACGGACGGCGCGCUGUAUCGCACUAAGAUACACUGCUAUUUUCUGGAUCAGACCCGUGUCAUACGCCCGCUGCCCAAGGAAAAGAACUAUCAUAUAUUUUAUCAACUGCUGGCCGGCUUGAAUAGAGAGGAGCGCCAAAAGUUGCAUCUGGAGGGCUAUUCGCCCGCGAACUUGCGCUACCUGCAGACCGGGAUUAAUGAUACUGGCCGAAACGAGGUAGAGGACUCUGUUCGUUUUCAGGCAUGGAAGACAUGUCUAGGCAUCCUGGGCAUACCUUUCUUGGAUGUGGUACGAGUGCUCGCCGCUGUGCUCCUGCUCGGCAACGUUCAGUUCAUAGAUGGAGGGGGCCUCGAGGUGGAUGUGAAGGGUGAAACAGAACUGAACUCGGUGGCCAGUUUACUGGGUGUGCCGCCGGCGGCCCUUUUCCGGGGCCUAACCACCCGCACGCAUAAUGCGCGAGGUCAGCUUGUAAAGUCCGUGUGCGAUGCCAACAUGUCGAACAUGACGCGGGAUUGUUUGGCCAAGGCCCUCUACUGCCGAACUGUGGCCACGAUUGUGCGGCGCGCCAAUAGUCUUAAGCGUCUGGGCUCCACGCUGGGCACGCUCAGCUCCGACUCGAAUGAAUCGGUACAUAAUCAGGCCGAUGCGGCCUCCCAGCAUGCCUCAACGAUUGGCGGCGGAGGGAGUAGCGGCAAUGCGGGCUCCAAGUCAAUGGCGGCUCUAAACAGGGCUGUGGCUCAUGCUACAGACGGCUUCAUUGGCAUACUGGAUAUGUUUGGGUUUGAGGAGCCGACGCCGCAUGCGCAGCUCGAGCAUUUGUGCAUUAACCUGUGCGCCGAAACCAUGCAGCAUUUCUACAAUACGCACAUUUUCAAAUCGUCUGUGGAAUCGUGUCGCGACGAGGGCAUCGUAUGUGACACAGAAGUGGACUAUGUGGACAAUGUGCCACUCAUCGAUUUGAUAUCUUCGUUGCGCACUGGACUGUUGAGCAUGCUGGACGCCGAGUGCUCGGUGCGAGGUACUGCCGAGAGCUACGUAACCAAGUUGAAGGUGCAACAUCGCAGCUCGACGCGUCUGGAGACAAAGCAUACUUCGGAGCCCCAUGAUCCCCGGAUGUUUCUUAUCCGACAUUUUGCGGGCCGCGUUGAGUAUGAUACCACGGACUUCCUUGACACGAAUCGCGACGUGGUGCCCGAUGAUAUGGUGGCUGUAUUCUACAAGCACAGCUGCAACUUUGGCUUCGCCACCCAUCUCUUUGGCUCCGAGCUGAAGGCGCUAUACUCGCUACCCCAAGCUCCGCGUGGUCUCAGCUUUCGUAUCUCGCCCACAUCACACUCAGAUCUGCUCAAUGGUGACGAGCCGGUCUCUACCUUGACGCAGGACUUUCAUACCCGGCUGGACAAUUUGCUGCGCACGUUGGUGCAUGCUCGGCCGCAUUUUGUCCGCUGCCUGCGCAGCAACGGGUCCGAGCUGGUCGGAAACUUUGAGCGCGCUACAGUGGUUCGUCAGGUCCGCGCCUUGCAGGUUCUGGAGACCGUGAACCUGAUGGCCUCCGGCUUUCCCCAUCGUAUGCGCUUCAAACAGUUUAAUGCACGUUAUCGUAUGCUGGCACCAUUUCGCCUGCUGCGGCGCAGCGAGGAGAAAGCUUUGGAGGAUUGCAAUCUGAUAUUGCAAUACGCCUUAGAACAGACCCCCGUGUUGGAUGGCUCGGUGACGCUAUCCUGGGCACCGGGCAAGCGGCAUGUCUUUCUUAGCGAAGGCAUUCGCCAGCACUUGGAGCAUUUGCGCACUGAGAUCAGACACAAAAGCGCCACACUGAUGCAGGCCACAUGGCGCGGCUGGCAGCUCCGCAAGAAGGUGGGCACCACUGGGUUUAAGCACACGCACAGCGGCAUCUUGAAUGAAGGCAGAGAAUCGAAUCACAGCCAAGUCCACGGAAAGGCGGCAAUUGCAGCCAUGACCGCUUUGUCAGCGCCCAACGGAGCCAAUAUGACGCGCUUGUCGGCCAAAUCGACAAACCUCUGCGGCACAGUGACCAGACCGCGACCUCAGCCCAUUGCCGGCACCCCACCGCCUGACCCGCAUGAGAAAUGUGACCAGAAGAUUAUACAGCAAACAUGUAGUCUUUUCGGAUUAGACUUGGAGCGCCCACCACCCGUUCCGCCCUCACGCACUUAUACCAUCACUGGCAAUUCGAAGCUAGGCUACCCCCAGAGUCGCAUCAUGAAAAUGAAUUUUCCCGAGGAUGCGCUUGCUAAUCCAGCAUCGACAACAGCCGAGGCGCAACAAUUGAAAAAAAGCGAGACAGUGACUGUGGUUGGCGCCUCAAGCGUACGCGGCCAUUUAAUAGUAGAGCACAAGGGCCACAGCUAUCAUGUGCCCUUUCAAUGUAUGGAGUUAAUGGGUCCCAACAACCCGGCCAGCAACAACAUUGUAAUCGUGCCAAAUGCCGGGGCUGCCUCGAAUGGGCAAACAAAUGGUGGCGUCAAUAUUUGA